GGAAUUUAACGACACAAAAAGCAUUGCGCUCUCUCUGGCAUCUCAUGCCCAGAUAUAUACGAACUCAAUGCUAUACUUUGCUUAUCAAACUUGGAAGCUAUCUCUAUCCACGGUCCUUCACAGGUCUCGUUCAUCGGCUGCCGUUCGGACUCUACGCGAAGGAAUGCGCUGGCUCUUCUCGCAACGAAGCCGAGGCGUUGCACCUGGUCGAAAAGUACACAUCAAUCCCGGCACCAUUAUGGGUGGAUGAUUACCAGCAGACGCACCCUAUUCUCAUCGUGACGGCGGUCCCUGGUCAAACUUUGGACAAAGUCUUCCAUCGGCUCUCAUGUUUCGAGCGCGAGCAAUUAUCGAAAGACUUGAAAAGCCUGGUGUCACAACUAUGCCGUAUGCCAAAUCAGACCCCUAACAUCUUCGGCAAUAGUCAUGGCGGCCCAUUAAGGAAUCAUCGGUUCCCGUCUGGCACAUGCGGUCCGUUCAGCUCAAUCUUUGAUUUCAAUGCCUUCCUUGUCCAUGCCUACCUGCGUCAGGAGACAAUUAAAAAGAUUUCUACUGUUCACGCUCGUACCUACCGAUCUUUUUUCACCCAUGCGGACUUACACCCGAGCAACAUUAUUAUUGAUCGCGGACGGCUGUCGGGAAUUGUGGAUUGGGAAUGCGCAGGGUUCUACCCUGAGUAUUGGGAAUUUACAAAACUGAUGUAUGGGGCUGAAAUGUUUCCCGAAUUCCGGCAGGUCAUUCGUCAGGUGUUCUCAGAGCAAAGCUAUGACGAGGAGUUAGAGGCUGAGACACUCCUGUGGAAUGACACACCAUUCGGUAUCUAA